GUAGCAUAUAAUUCACAGUGGUUGUCAUGCGGAAGUGGGAGAAACACAUGAAAACAAGACGAGAAAAUGAAUGCUGCAGCAAUAAUUUGCGCUGUAUAUUUUGUGACAACUUGUCAAGCUGCUACCAUAAGGUCUAAAGAUGCUAAAUGUGGAUAUGGGAGUUGUAACCCUGUGAAAGAUGACAUGAUCAAUGUGCAUCUGGUGCCACACACACAUGAUGAUGUCGGCUGGCUGAAAACUGUUGACCAAUACUACUAUGGAUCAAAGAAUGGUAUUCAGAAUGCGGGAGUACAGUAUGUGCUGGAUUCGGUUAUCAAGGAGUUGUUGGCGGAUCCUACAAGGCGGUUCAUCUAUGUUGAAAUAGCGUUCUUUGCUCGCUGGUGGCGAGAGCAGCAUGAUAGCAUGAGACAUGUUGUAAAAGGAUUGGUCAAUAGUGGUCAGCUGGAGUUUAUACUAGGAGGCUGGUGUAUGAAUGAUGAGGCAGCCACACACUAUAAUGCAAUCAUUGACCAACAUUCCCUUGGCUUUGAGUUUUUACGACAAAAUUUUGGAGAAUGUGGGAGACCAAAGAUAGGAUGGCAGAUCGAUCCAUUUGGCCAUUCCAGGGAACAAGCCUCCCUUUUUGCUCAGUUUGGAUUUGAUGGUUUAUUCUUUGGUCGCCUUGAUUUCCAAGAUAAAAACGAGAGACUGAAAAAUAUUACAAUGGAGAUGUUGUGGCAUGGAAGCCCUAAAAAUCUUGGGGAGAAAGCGGACAUAUUCACAGGGGCUUUGUACAUUGGGUAUGGCCCGCCAGAGGGUUUCUGUUUUGAUAUCUUCUGUAAUGAUGACCCCAUACAGGACGACCAUCGUCUCCAUGACUACAAUGUGGAUCAGAAGGUCAAGGACUUUAUUAAAGCAGCUGAAGAGCAGGCUAUCCACUACAAGACAAAUCAUAUUGUAAUGACAAUGGGUUCUGACUUCCUCUACCAGAAUGCUAACCACUGGUAUAAGAAUCUAGACAAACUCAUAAAGUACACUAAUAUGCUGCAAGAGACUAAUAAUUCAAACAUAAAUGUUCUAUACUCCACACCAUCCUGCUACCUGUAUCAACUGAAUCGUGCAGAUCAGGAAUGGACGACCAAAAGUGAUGAUUUUUUCCCAUAUGCUCACCAAAACCACAGCUUCUGGACAGGAUAUUUUACCAGCAGAGCAGCACUAAAAGGAUAUGUGAGAGAAACGAAUGCUUUUCUACAGGCGUGCAAGCAGUUAGAUGCCUUGGCAAUGUUAGAGGAUAUCCAUAACAGCACAUACAAUAUUCAAAUACUUAAGGAAGCAAUGGGAGUUGCACAACAUCAUGAUGCAGUCUCCGGGACAGAAAAGCAAGCUGUAGCAGACGACUAUGCUAUGAGACUUGCAUAUGGCAGGUCUGAAUGUCAGAAAGUGAUGAAUGAUGCAUUUGGUAGAUUGAUACCAAAAGGUUCUGAGGGUUUUCCUGGGCUGGUAUGGUGUGACCUGUACAAUAUCAGUUCUUGUAGCUUCACAGAAACAAACAAACAGUUUGUGAUGGUAGUAUACAACCCAGUUGGCCAUACUGUAUCCCGCUGGAUCAGGCUACCAGUUGCUGGCCAAGCAUACGCAGUGAUCGGUCCAAACAAUGAAGUCAUAGAAACUCAGAUAUCAGGUGUUACAGAACGUACAAAGGGUAUUCCUGAAAGGAAUGGCUCAUUGGCUCACAAUGAUUUAAUAUUCAAGGUGACAUUACCUCCCCUUGGCUUCAGCACAUACUUCAUCAGGAUGUCAAACAGUUUGGUGAAGAGGAAGUAUCAAAGGGCAGUGAAAAAGCCUAUGAAAGAAAAUGAGGAUUUUGUCAUGAAGAAUGAGCACAUAUCUGCGAAGUUUGAUGGUAAGACAGGGAUGUUGAAGUCAAUGACUAACCUUGCGACUGGCCUUGAACUUGAUGUACAGCAGGAUAUUGUGUACUACUUUGGUCAUAACGGCAACUGCAGUAAACCUGAGUUUGAGCCUUCCGGUGCAUAUAUUUUCCGACCUAAUACUACAGUACCAGAAAGCUGGAAAAUGUCAUACCCAGGUUCUGCUGAACAGGGUCCUCUCGUACAAGAGGUCUAUACCAAGUUCAGCCCCUGGGUAACGCAGGUGACCAGGAUGUAUGAGGGAGAGCAGUAUAUUGAAAUUGAAUGGACUGUUGGACCCAUACCUAUAGAUGACAAUCGUGGUAAAGAGGUGAUAGCAAGAUUCAACACAUCAUUAAACACAAACAAGAUGUUCUAUACAGAUGCUAAUGGAAGAGAAAUUCAGACAAGAAAGAGGGAUUAUAGGCCAACAUGGAAGUUGAACCAGACAGAGCCAGUUGCUGGGAACUAUUAUCCAAUUAACAGCAGAAUUUUCUUACAGGAUGAGGCUAAGGAUAUGCAAUUUACAGUGAUGACAGACAGGUCACAAGGUGGAGGCAGUAUACAUGAUGGACAAAUAGAAAUCAUGUUACAUCGCCGUCUGCUGCAUGAUGACUGCCUUGGUGUUGGAGAACCUCUCAAUGAAACUGGAGCAGAUCACAAAGGCCUUAUUGUAAGAGGAAAGAUGUAUAUUUUUGUGGACACAAUAGCUAGCUCUGCCCGAAGGCACAGAGAUCUGGGACUGAGGACAUACAUGGCUCCAAUUCCAGCCUUCGCAGAGACUGACAUGAAAUACACAGAAUACUCACAGUACUUCCAUACAACUUGGUCUGGUAUAAAGUCACCACUACCACCAAAUGUUCACAUGUUGACUCUGGAACAGUGGGGCGGACCAAGCAUAGAACCAUCAGCCUCGCAGCCGUACCUGAUACGUCUGGAACAUUUCUAUGAGAACGGAGAGGACGCGGAGCUGUCUAAACCUGUCACAGUCUCAUUACAGAAUCUGUUUAUACCAUUCAACAUAGACAGUGUUGAGGAACUAACACUGGGUGCUAACCUGCCAAUGUCCAAGCUGGACAGACUCAAAUGGAAAACAAAGGAAAAUAUUCUCACUGAUAAAGAAAAUAUGUACAUAGUGAAGAACAGAGAGUCUUUGACAGGUCCGCUUGACAUUACACUGAAUCCAAUGGAGAUACGAACAUUCCAGGUGAAACUGCAGAGUGGAAAACCAGUCAAAAAAGGAGACAAGUUCUCAGUAUUUUCUUAGAAGAAAAGAUAUUUUUGAAAAUUAAAUGAAAAACCAUUCAAGAAAAUGGACAAGUUUAUGAACUCAGAGAAAACUGUGAUUUUUUAAAAUCUAAUCCCACCUUAUUUUGUAUAUAUCGAUAAGAGUUACAUUCCUAUGUUACUGUGUUUUUGUAAUGGAAAUCCUAAUAGCUGCAUUAUAUGCAUAAUAAAAUGCCUGGAGUGUCAAAAUGUACAUUAUGCAUGUACAAAGUGCAGACUUGAUUUUAGAAUAUGUUUACUGGAAUAAUCCGGUAGUUUUGUGUGGUUUAGUUUAAGUUGUAUUCAUGUUUCAUAUUUAUGUAUUUUUUCAUACUUUUUUGUUAGUGCAAUAGUAAAAGUGCAUGAUGGAUAUAGACACACUUAAAAUAGAUAUAUUUGCAACUUAA